CGCAUAUACGUAAUUUAGUUAUUUUGUCUGCUUAUCCUCAUAUGAUCCCUUUAUCAGUUUGAACUUUUGAAUUAGCGUUGAAUUGCUUGCUCAGUCGUUGUUCUACAUUUCAUAAGAAAACAUUAACACAAUAUAGAUCGAUUUAAAAAGUACAAGAAAUAUGACGGUGAAUUAUUCAACAUUUUUUUCAAAAAUCGCUCUUAGAAGAAGGGGAAAUCUGAUUCGGCAAAUAACUGAGAUUUACUUAAAUAGUAAUAAUCCCAAUGCAAUAAAUUUUGCUGGUGGAAUGCCAAAUACCAAUACUUAUCCUUUUAAAGAAUUGGACGUGAUUUACAAAGAUGGAACAAAUUCGAAACUUGAAGGUCAAGAUUUAGCAUUAGCACUUCAAUAUGGACCUGCUGUCGGAUAUUUGCCCUUGAUAAAAAAGUUCCGAGAAUUUCAAUACAAGUGGCAUAAACCCAAACAAAAAAAUUGGGACGUAAUAUUUACUUGUGGUUCACAAGAUGCUUGUACCAAAAUUUAUGAGAUGUUUAUUGAUGAAGGUGAUCCAAUUAUGGUUCAAUCACCAACGUAUACAGCUACUAUUAAUACAUUAGCAUCCUUGAAUGUUGAUUUCAUAGAAAUUAACCAGGAUGUUGAUGGUAUUAUUCCUGAGGAAAUAAUUAAAGUAUACGAAGAAAGAUUACGCGAUGGAAGGCUAUUACCGAAGUUAAUAUACAUCAAUCCUACUGGUGCAAAUCCAACGGGAACUAUAUUAUCUGAGAGCCGUAGGAAACAAGUAUAUGAAUUGGCGCAGAAAUACAAUUUUCUUAUUAUAGAAGACGAUGCGUAUUAUUUUAUUAAUUUUUUAAAUAAACAACUUACGUCUUUUUUUUCAUUGGAUAUCGACGGACGUGUAAUAAGAUUGGAUUCUUUUAGUAAAAUUAUUAGCGCAGGUAUGCGAUUAGGUUGUGUCACAGCUAAUACUGAACUAUUGAAGGUGUUAAUGAUGCAUAUAGAAAAUAGCGUUUUACAAGCCUCUUCAUUAUCACAGAUAUUUUUGUUUAAAUUACUUGAUUUGUGGGGUCAGGAACGAUUCAAUCAACAUUUAAAGAGUAUUCAAGAUUUUUAUCUAGCAAGACGUAACAUUAUGCUAAAAGGAAUUGAAAAACACCUUACAGGAUUGGUCGAAUGGACAGAGCCUAAAGGUGGUUUUUUUAUAUGGCUCAAACUAAUCGGAAUUGAUGAUGCAUCAAAUUUUGUAAAGGACAAGUGUAUGUCCAAUGGUAUUUUCGUAAUUCCUGGAAAUGUAUUUAAUUAUGACUUUAAUAAGCCGGAUCAACACAUACGUUUAUCUUAUAGCUAUGGAACUGAAGAGGAAAUUGAAAGGGGACUCUCAAAGCUGGCAGAAUUGAUACAUAAAGUCUCUAAAUGAUCGAUUUAGAGGUAUAUUUUAUAUCCUUUUAACAUUUUAAGAGGUAAAGGAAUAGAAACUGUUGGAAAAAUAAUAUAGAAUAUUCUUAUUUUAAAUAAAACAUAAAAACAACAAUUGGCAAUUGAGUAUUUUUAAUCUUACUUUUCUAUUAUAAAUAUUUUGUUCGGAAUACCGUUAAAAAUUUCAGUUACAUAUAUACUUACAUAUCAUUCUAACAAGUACCUGAUAUACACAUGUAUUUAAUGUACUAGAUGUAUAAGGUUACUAUAUAUACUGCAUUCACAGUAUGCACGCAAUAUUAACUCUUGCAUGCAAUAGAAUCGAUUGUUAUCGUCAAGUAAUAAAUAUAUAAAAAGUUUAUAUUUAUUUCUUAGAAAAUUGCUCAUAUACGUCCAUACGUAUGAAUGUAUGUAUUUAUAUAUCGUAAGAAAAAGAUUCAAAUAUUCGACUUAAAUCUAUAGUUAAUACGAUCAUAAUCCAGAUUGUUAUUGUUUUGUUUUCUAUAUUUUUCAAUAGGUAUAUAUCUGAUAAAAUACUUAUAAUAUAAAAUAGCCAAAAUACAUAUACAUACAUAUAAAGUAGACACAAUGGACGCUGACGAACUAAUGGAUAAAAUUAUUAAUAUCAUAAGAUGUUUGUUUCAUUAAAUAUAAUAGAGUAGAGUACCAAUUAAUCUUGUUAACGAAGGAUAAAAAAAGAGGUACGAAUAACUCAAGAACAUUAAUAAUCUAAA